AUGACGCCAUAUUUCGAUCGGAAUGACCAAAGAAUAAGAUCAAGAAGUUCAUCAAGGGUAAGUUUUUUUUUCGAAACUGCAACUAAUCCAAAAUUCUUCGACUCAAAGAGUCUCAAUCAAUUUUUCGCAUCUUUUUUGUGCUCAAAAAAAGAAAGAAAAAAACAAGUUUCGAAACUUUUCCCCUUUUUUGUGCCAACUCAAUUUUAUUUGAUUUUUUUGGUGGUUGGUGAGCCAGAAAAUAGUUUUUUUCUAUUUUUGAGUUUUGGAAAUGAUAUGUCUAUAUGAAACAUGUCUUGGUUAUAAAGUGAGUUUUCAAAAUUUUUCAAAAAAAUAUCAGAACUACGUAAUUCCAAUUUUUUGAAAAAAAAUUUUAAAAGAGAACAUUUAUUUUCUCGCUGAUCACAAGACGGCUGUCAGAUUCUGCUCAUCUCAAAUCUGAACCUGAACAUAAGUUAGCUAUGACGUGGAAAUGCUCACAAAUCGUUUUUCAAAGCUUCAAGUUACUGUAGACAUAUAAAAUUCAGGUAUUUUUGGGAAUUUGAUUCAUGUCCCUUUAAAAAUUGAAUUUCCGGAGAAAUAUUGAUCUCACACCGAAAGAUCUUAAGUGAAAUUAAAUGUGAUCUACAAAAUUUAGGGAAAAAUAUACACAUUUUCUACACCAUAACUCAUUUUACGCAGAAAUUCCAAAAUCUAAAUUUUUGCAUUUUCAGGCUUCUCGUCAUUACAUCGAAGAUUCAGAACAAUUCAGAAGUCGACCAAAUUAUUUUCCACUUCCGUAAGUUUUUUUCAAAGAUUUGGAAAAUAUGUUCCAAAAUUAUUAACAGAAUUUUUUUUAAUUUUCACCAAUUCCCAACAACAAAUUAUUCCCAAAAAUUUGAAAAUUUCAAACCAGAUUUCUUCAAAAAUAGUGAAAAUUCCGGGAAUCCGGAAGAACUUCUCGUUCCGCCCUUGAAAAUGAAAUAGUACUCAAAAAUGAGAGAUUUUAGAGAAAAACCAUUUAAAUACACUUGUCCUGUCUAUUUAUUUUGAAAACAUUUCGAAUACACAAAUUUCAUUUUAUUUUUAUUUUUGUUUAUAAAAAACUUUAGGUUAUAUAUGUAGAUCUACUGUAUAAAGUUAAGCCUAACCGAAAUUAAUGAGUAAGCCGAAUUCGAGUUCGUAUUUUUUUCUCAUUUUGAAAACUUUUUUCUGUGAACCUUUUUCUCAACACUCGAAAAUCUAUUCUGAAAAUCUGGAAAACCCUAUUUUUCAGCCUGUAUAAAAAAUGUUUCCAAAAUUUUAAAGUGUUGAACUUCUUCUUUCUUCUGUCCUUCAAAAUAUUCUAGUGUUUAGAUACCACUAGAAAAUGAGAGAAUCCAGAGAAAAACCAUUUAAAUACACUUCUUCUGUCCACAUAUUUAUUUCGAAAACAUUUCACAUUUUGCAAAAAAAAAUUCAUUUUAUUAUAUUUCAAAAAAUGGUCGUCAUUGCCGACCACAAAAGUUUUCCGAACCAUAAAAUUCGAAUUAUUUUUUGUUGUUCAUUUUUUUUGGUAUAUUUAUUUUUGUUGACUAACAAACUCUAUACAAAUCAUCAUCAGUACAACAAAAAAAGUAUCUUUUCUUUUUUUCCGUGAGAAAAAAUGCGAAAAAUGUCAAUAAAACAAAAAAAUCUGAAGAACAAAUAAAGCAAAAAAAAAGUGCAGCAUUCAGAUAAAAUAUACAAUUUCCACCACCAAAAACUACUACUUUUUGGCAGACAAAACUUUUAUUUUUCUUCAGAAAAGAAAAUUAGUCAAAUUAUUUUUGUGAGAAAUAAUUAUCGAAUUUUAAAAUCUACAGAGAUCUAGUUUUUUUUUUUCGAUUUUUCAUUUCCAAUUUUUUUCUUUCCACUUGUCCGAUUUAUUUACUUACUACUUUUUUACUCGAUUUUUUUUUGAUUUUCGAAUUUUCCUUUUUUCAACCAAAAACUUUUGGAAUUUCCGUUUCAAUUUCCGCCCAUUUUGUCGCGAAACUUUAAGAAAACAUCGAUUUUUUGUUGACAAAAAUUAUGAUUUAUAUAUUUUGUUAAAUUUUUCAUUUAUUAUUGUUCCCGCGAAUUCAACAUUAGCAGAAAUUUAGCAGAAAUUCAAACCUCAUUUUCCCAAGUACGGUAAAACUCUGCGUCUCUGACUUCUUUCAAGACCUGAGAUGGUCUCGAAACGAGGUUAGAGACGCAGAGGUAUACCGUAUUUGAAUUACUGUACUCUUUCUUUUUUCUUUGAAUUUUCAAUUCAAUUUCAACAAAAAAUGUUUUGAAUUUCCGCCCAUUUUUUCGCCGAAACUUUAAGAAAACAUUGAUUUUUGUUGACAAAAAAUUAUGGUUGUAUAAUUUUGUUCAUUUUCUCUUAUCGUUUUUUCCCAGCAAUUUUUAACCAAAAUUUUCACUAGAAAAUGGUUUUUCGUGAUUUUGACGAAGAUGAUUUGGAUAGCUAUUUAGAGGGUUCAGUUUGGUCGGAAAAACCAUCGGCGGCUGAUAUUUUUGCCGAAAGUCCGGAUGAGAUAAUCACCGUAUUUCCGUCGACUUCGCAUACAAAAAUGGCGUUUGGAUAUCCGUCCAAGUUUUGUGAAACUAUUUUUACGUAAGGGAAAAAAUUGAACUAAUAUUUUAAGACUUAGGUUAAGUAGAGAAAAAAUUAGUUACACAGAAUAAGUUUCAGCCAAAAUUAUCUGAAUUUCAGAAGUCGCCGAGUUCCAUCAGUUUAUUCAAACGACACUCCAACAUUCAAUAGGGUACAGUUUGAUUUCAAUUCAAAUUCAUCGGAAUUUUAAUUUUUUAUAGAAACCUGACAUCUACUACCAACAACAAGAAAGACCAAUCCAGAAAAGACCAGGUUCACCUGGUCCAGUUGUAGGAGCUGGUGAAAUUACAAAUACUGAACAUGGAUUUACAAUUGAAUUGGAUGUAUUCAGAUUUAGACCAGAAGAAAUUAAGGUGAAUUAUUAGCCGGAGGCUUUUUUUUCCAAAUAUCAAACUUAAUUCCAGGUUGUUCUCACUGAUGAUCUUUUGAGCAUUUCUGGCGAACGUUUCGAAAACGCUGGAGAUGGACAAACAUUAAGAAGAAGCUUUUCAAGGUUUUUUUAAAAAAAAUUUUUGUAGUUGAAAAUACUCAAAAAUAUAUGGAUUUUUAGGAAAUACGCGAUUCCUGAAGAUAUUCAUCUUGAUUCGAUUCGAAGUCAUUUGACAGAUUCGGGACUUUUGGUUGUGAAUGUGAGUUUUUUUUGAGAAAAAAUUGAAAAAAACGUUUUUUCAAGAGAGGUAAACGUGGACUUUUUAGACAGAAAAUUGCUUUUUCAUUCCUUGAAAAUCUUUCAUUUUUCAAAAAUUCAGAUUUCCAGUAUAAAUUCAUGAAGUUUCAAGAACUGAAAAAACUUCGAGACAAAAUUAAAAAUAGAAAAACUGAAAAAUGACACGUGGCCAAAUUUUGGAAUAAAAAUCCACGUGAGCCACCUAUUUCCGAGUUUUGAAGAACUUCAAAAAAAAUUUCUACACUCCAUUUUUUGGCCUCAAAAUCCACGUAUCACAAAUUCAAUUCCCCACAAACAAAAUAAAUUCUAUCAAUUUUUCAGGGCUCACGAAAAGGCUGGAGAGAGACAAGCAUUUCCCAACAUCAACCAAGAUUUUCACGAUCUUCCAGAAAUAAUGUCAUUUCAACAGUUUAA